UGCCCACCUCUGGGUGUUUCCUUUUGAUUAGACAAUCGUUUCUCAUCCAGACUCCUGCCAUGCUGUCUGCUGACCCACAGCAACAAUGAGGUCCCGGCUUCUGUUGCCCGUGCCACACUUGCCAACGAUUCGGGAAACUUCCGAAGAGUUAUCUCAUGGGGCAGCUGGACAGGAACCCCCAACUUCUCCCAGCCUGGAUGACUAUAUUAGGUCUAUUUGCCAGCUGGCUCAGCCCACCUCAGUGCUGGACAAGGUCGCAGUCCGGAGCCGACCUCAUAGCCCCUACCGGCCAGCCUGGACUAGAGAGAAGAGAUGCCAGGCUGAGUCUCUAGCAGACAGCUCUCCUUGCUUCAGCAGCCUACCGCCCCCACUGUCCUCUCCUGGCACUGACAACCCCCUGGACUGGCUCUUCGGGAAGUCCCAGGAGCAGCAGGCAGACGGAAGAGAUCCCACCAGUGGGCCCGGCUCUUCUGAUCACGGCAGUGUGCACAGACAGAUGGAGGAGUACACGGGGCGGCUCUGUGAGACCAGGCUACCUGAGAACUCUCCAGGAAGAACCUCAGGGCCUAGGCAGCAGACCUCCAACCGGAAAAGCUGGACUGCCAGAAAGUCUCACCAGGCCUUAGCCACUGUCUCCGGCUCUCGUCCCAGCGGUAUCCUCAGCACGCUCUGCUUGCACCUCCCAGUGAUCCAUGAACUCUAACCCCUCCCCAGACAAAGUUCAUAAAGACUGUGGUGGGUCCCGGUGCCACCCCAUCCCCCCUCUUCUGAAGGCGCCUCCUGGCAGGAGGCAAUUCCCAGUGAGAGCCACUGACUAAAGUGAUGACAGCCUGGCUCCCACAAUGCAACCUGCCUGGAACCAUCUGCCUGUGACUGGCUGGCUGGUGACCUUGAAGGAGUGGCUUGGUGUCUCUGUUCCUUGGCUUUUCAUGGUUUAAAUGGCUGUGAGAGGACUGACCACCUCCCAGAUUGUGCUAAUGAGGAACUGUGUGCUGUACUCUGGGUGGCUGCCACAGUCUCAUGUGAAAGCAAGAGUCAAGGACCAAGGGGGGUGGGGUGGUCUCAGCUCCCUGGAGCAGUGGUCCUCAACCAUCCUAAUGCUGUGACCCUUUAAUAUAGUACCCCGUGUUGUAGUGACCCCAAACCAUAAAAUUAUUGUUGCUUCUACUGUAA